AUGACUACUCGAGCUUGUGGCCGAGUACCACGGCUCUACAAGACAGGCGAUCUAGUCCGAUACGGUUCGGAUGGCCAAAUUUUUGUCGUUGGCAGAAAAGAUGACCAGAUCAAGGUCAAUGGUAUUCGAACUGAGCCAUACGAAGUUGAGAACACGUUGCGCAGUCUUCUCCCACAGGGACUUGCUGGCAAGUCGGUCAUUAUUGUUUGUCUUCUCAAAAAGUUCGACCUUUUCGCCGCCUUUGUGUGCAGUGGACAUGAUUCGAGUAUGAACUUGGACAAGCCGGGUACAGAUUCUAUCGCGGACCUUAUCACGUCAGCUUCGCCGUUGCACCACCAGGUCGUGGAGUGUAUCCGAGCGCAUACGUCGAAUGUGUCGUAUCAAACGACUCCACAACUUUUCAUACCGAUCUCGCGUGUCCCUUACACUACUUCUGGCAAGACGGAUCGCAGAGCUUUAGAGCACGCUGCAUCGAUGCUCGGCAAGCAACAGCUCUUGGGACUGUUCACGAUACCGACCGCUCAACAUGAGGAAGCUAGCAGCCCAUUGGAGCGUCAGCUCGCUGACGCUUGGCAUCACGUGCUUGGGAUCGAGUUCGUCGGUGGGGGCGAUAACUUUUUCCACCUAGGAGGAAGUUCUCUUACGGCCAUUGCAUUAAUAAACGAAGUGCGACGCACGAUGUGUAUGCGACUGACCAUGUCGAUCGUGUUCCAACACCCGGUGCUCCACGACAUGGCAGAGCAAUUGCAGGGCAUUGAUUCUGGCAAUGUGAACUCUGAUCGGCCGUUGUCUAACAUAACAGGGUCAGUGCUCGAUGCAGCCACUCAGAACGGCAUUCGGGUUGAGUUGGCACAAUCGUGCGCCUUGCAGCCCGAUGCCAUAGAAGACGCAUUUCCCUGUACACCAAUGCAAGAAACGCUCAUGACCGCGACCAUGCAUUCGAUGAAAACGAAUGAAGAGGCACGACCCUACUGCAUGCAUGCGUGGCAUACGCUACCUGACAAUAUUGAUGGUGACAGAAUGCGAAUGGCUUGGCAAACUGUGCUUGCUAGACACGAGGUACUAAGGAGUCGUAUCGUUCACGCGCCUGCUCACGGCACACUCCUGGUCAUAUGCCAACGACCAGAAUCUGUUCGAAUAUGGGACGAUGUCUCCAUCAUGAGCAUAGAUGACCUGGGGCGGCGGCUCGAACAGACUCACUUUGGUUAUGGCACUGCGCUGUUUGGGGUGACUAUCAUCUUGCAAGGCCCACAAAGAAAUCGACUCGUUCUCAGUGCGCACCACGCCGUCUACGAUGGUUGGUCACUCAGACUCAUCUGGGACGCUGUCUUGAAGGCUUAUUCCGGUGAUGCUGCAAUUCCUGCCUACCCCUCAAUCAGGUUCGCUGACUUCGUCGCUCAUCUUCGAGCACAGCCUCACGAAACGGUCAUCGAAUUCUGGAAACAUCAGCUCAAUCCUCUUGCGAACAGGACAGGUCUGGUUUUCCCGGAUGUUCCGAGCGCUCAUCGACCCAGAACAACCCAAAAGCUCAGUCGAUCACUCACAUCCCCAACGCUCGAGGCCUGGAAGGCGGCUAGAAACACCGGAAUUACCAUGGACACAAUCUGUCACGCUACGUGGGCUCUGGUAGUAGCGUUGUACUCUAGUUCUUCGGUCGUUACUUUUGGAAGCACGCGUACGGGACGAGACUCACCUCUAGCACGCAUCGAGGAGUUGCUCGGUCCGACCAUGACGACAGUGCCGUUCUGCCUUAGUCUCGACCGGAUUGGCGAGAUCACAGCGGGUACAUUUCUGAAGAACGUGCAAAGGCUGCUCCUCAGUCUUGCGCCCCAUGAACACCUUGGUCUCCAACGAAUCUCGGAAAUCAGCCCACACGCGAAAUCCGCAUGCGCCUUCAGCUCUGUGCUCACCGUGCAAGCUCCCAGAAGCACGACUGUCGGCAGGGACCGUGCGUCUGUAUCAGUGCCCAUCGAGCAUCCGAGUACACAACUGGGUAUUCAUCUCCUCGAAUCGGUCACGAAAUCAGGGUUUCAUCUAUUGCCACUAGCCCUCCAAGUCUUCAGCGAUCAACAUGCGACGAACAGCCACAUCGAAGCCUACUACGAUCCAGUCUGUAUUUCGCGCUAG